AUGGCUUCUUCUAUCGAAACCGGAGGGGCGUGGAGCACCAUGGAAGAUGUUUUCUUGUUUGAGUGUUGGGUCCAAAUUAGUCAUUGUCCCAUGUCAGCCAAUGAGAUGAAAUUUUGUCAUAUGUGGAAAAAAAUUCAUGCCGAAUUUUGUGAAAGAAUUCCGGGGUCGACUCGUACUGAAAUGACAUUGUCUAGGAGGUGGAAAAUUCUCAAUAAAGAGUUGCGAAAAUGGAGAGAUGCCUUGGCAAAAGUGAGGAACAACCAUAGAAGCGGGGAAAAUCUCAGUAGCGAGGUAAAUAUUUUGUAA